AUGGCGUUCUCCGUCCGAACCGGGCUGGCACUCGCGUUCACGAUCUUCAUCGUUAGUGUGCUGCCCUGUGGUGAUGCGCAACUUGCAAUUUUGAACCAGAUUCCGUACGGUCUGCUGGAGCAUCUGAAGCAGGUACCGCAGCGAUGGAACGCGACGUCACCUUCCGACUAUGCGUGUCUCAACCAACUGGAUGUGUUCGCGCGUUCCUUCGACGCCGGUGAACCGUGGGCAAUAAGUAUGUUUGACUCGUGGGGUAAGCAUCCGGCCGGAGUGCUGUUCGGGAGCAUGUUCGCGUUCGGUAACUUCGAUCAGUGCCGCCGACUGGUGCACCAGACGACUCUGGCUCCUGGGGAAAUCCGUGGCCAACAUUGCACUCUGUACAUUGACCUAAGCCGGGUCGGAUUUCCCGUGCCUGCUCCACUGCAGUAUGGCGUCUGCAUGCCGGAUGUCUGCGAGCCGCAACUGGUGGCGCAACUCACCAACGCCUACUUCGCGCCCAACCAGAUGUUCGUUGGAAAUGGACCACUGUUGGAGCAGUUUUGCUAUCGCGACGAAGACAGAUCCUAUCCUGCCAUCACGAUCGUUGCGAUUGUGCUCUUCUCGACGUACGGUGCAGUGCUGCUGCUUGCCACGCUGGUAGAGUUUGCCUUCAUGUACCACGGCCAAUCCACGCCGGCUCUCGUGAAACGCUUCUCCGCCUACACGAAUGUAGGCCACAUCUUCCGGAUCGUGCCCAGGGUGGAGUCCGGCAAGGGCGCAGUGCUCGACUGCGUGAACGGCAUCCGGGCGCUAUCGAUGUUGUGGAUCAUCGUGAAUCACGUGCACGACUCAGCGUAUGGUAUACCGACGGUCAACGCGCCCGUCCGACAGGACUACGCCGAGAGCUACUUCGGAGCGUUGUUCCACCGGUUGGGUGGUAAAGCCGUCGACAUCUUUCUCAUGCUCAGCGGGAUGCUUGUGGCGAUGAAGAUGCUGCGGGAACUGGAACGAACAAAACGUCUGAACGUGUGGGAACUCUGGUUACACCGGCUGGUUCGAUUGACACCCGCCUAUGCCGCACUGAUCAUGUUCGGUAUCGCGUUCGUUGAAGAAGUUGGCGAAGGUCUGCUGCACAAGCUGGUCGCUGAUGAGCUCCUGACAUCCUGCCGCAAGAGCUGGUGGUCUGCGCUGCUGUACGUGCAGAACUACGUCCACCAUUCGUCCAUGUGCUUCGUGCACACGUGGUACCUGUCGGUGGACAUGCAGCUGUACCUUGUGGCACCGUUGCUGACAUACCUUCUAUGGCGCUAUGGACGGCGCUUCGUUCCGGUCAUCGUAACGCUGGCGCUGCUCUCGAUUGCUUGCGUAUUUGCGACGUUCAUGGUGAACGAGUACCGGCUAAACCGAUCGGCACCACGUGGUGAUGGAUUGCUGGCACGCAAGACCUACCAUCCGACACACGCGCGCAUGUCCGUGUGGCUAUUCGGGGUCCUGUUCGGGUAUCUGCUGCAUCACACCCGCGAGGAACGCGUCAAACUGUCCAAACCGAUCCUGGCCCUUGGCUGGUUGGGAACGGCCGCAAUCCUUGUGGCUACGGGCUAUUCGCUGAAGCAACUCUACACUGGCGACUACAGGCGUAUCGAACCGGUCGCGGAUGCGUUCUACGAGUCGCUGCACCGCUCCUUCUGGGCGUUUGCCGUCAUGUGGGUUGUGUUCGUGUGCAUCAACGGGCAGGGUGGUGUCAUCGAUCGGUUCCUUGGGUCUCCGCUGUGGCAACCACUCUCGCGGUUGUCCUACUCCAUGUACCUGUUGCACAUCGCCAUCCAAGCCAUCACGUUCACGCAAGCGAUCCGCUUUCCGGUGGAGUUUUCAGUGGUGAAUCUGUUUUACACAUCGUUUGGGUUGGCCGGUAUCAGCGCUUUCUUCGCGACAGUAUGGGCCAUCGCGUUCGAGUACCCGUUCUUCGGAUUGGAACAGUACAUCUUCAAACGGAAGCGCGCCUCCGAUUGA